UAUUUUUCUAUGAUUGAUACAAUGUGAAUGGUUUUUAAACAAAAAGAAGACAAAUUAUUGUUGAUAUUUUUGUGGUCUCUGCUUUAAUGCGAAGAAAAAAAUCUUAGGCUUUUUAACAAAGUUUGACUUUAUUACACUUUCGAGCACACAAUGUCUGCUGAUAAAAAGCAAAAUAACAAAAAACUCUCUUGGAGUAAUCAGAUGACAGACUUCCUCAUAGCACAUUAUAAAGAAUAUACAUGCCUGUACGAUAAGAAUCAUGAGGAUUACAACAACCAAAUGGUAAAAUCGAAUGCCUUAAACAAUAUCCUUCAAAAAAUGCAUAAAUUUUUCCCCAAUUUGGUAUUAAGCGAUGUAGAAGAAAAAAUAAAAAUAAUGCAUGAACAACUUUCGGACGAAAUGUCUCGUAUGGAGGUGGCUGAAGCGUUAGGCAAUAAUUAUGUGCCCAAAUUAUAUUGUUAUGAACAACUCAAAUUUCUGCGUAAACACAUAACACCUUCGCAGUCGAAGAAUAAGAUAAAGGAGGAAAAUCCUUUAUUGGAAGAAGCUAUUGAUGUUCCGGAAGAAAAUUCUGAGGGAUCACAGUAUGCUGAAAUACAAAUGCCUAAACGAAUAUAUAGGAAAAAAUUUAGGUGGAGAAGAGAGGAUUUAAAGAAAUUUAUUAAAUCACUUUAUAAAUAUAACGUUUUAUAUGACUCCAGCCAUAAAGAUUAUUUAAAUCGGGAAUUAAGGUUUAUUGCUUAUAAAAAACUCCUUAAAGAAACGAGAAAACUUGAUCCAAAAAUUACAUUAAAUGAUAUUCGUGAUAAAAUGAGAUGUCUGCGUAAGCAAUAUAUGAAAGAAGUACGUUUAGUAAAAAGAGCCCAGCAAAAUGAUGAAAUAUAUGAACCAGUAUUGUGGUGUUUUGGAUUGUUGCUUAAUUUAUAUUACGAUGAAUUUGGCAUAAAAUCUUACAGUAAGCUGAUUAUUAAUGAUACGUCUGAUAACAACAGUUUUACAUCAACACAUCAAUCUGGAGAAAAAAUAACUGAUAACGAAAGUACAAUUAAUAAUGAAUUAUUUGAAUUUGAAGAAAUUCAACAGACAGAUGAUGACGACGUGGAGUUUGAUGAGGAUCAAGUAAAUUUGCCAACCAUGGAUGCGACUCAAACUAAUGGAAGCUUUAAAAAUUCAAAAAAUAAUAGUGAAGAAGUAAAUUAUAAAUGGCUUGGUGAAUUAGUAGUAUCGCAACUGGAAGAAAUAUCACAAAAUUAUCAUACGGAAUUUGCAUGGGAUGUACAACGUCUAAUACGUGAAUACAUUUCGAAAAGCAAUACGGAAGAAGAGGAAUCACCAGCAGCAUCAUCAUCUGGGAUAAAUAAUAGAAAACAAAAAAGAAGUAUUCCUAGAUACAAUGUUCAAGAGCCACCUUCAAAUGUUUCAUUUAAUAUAAGUUUUCUGUACAAACAAAUGUUUUGGAAUCGUAAAAUGCUUGAAACAUUCAUAGGACUUUAUAAAGAAAACGUAUGUCUCUACGACAUGAGCCACGAAAAUUACAAUAAUCAAACAGUAAAGAUGCACGCCUUAAAAAAUAUUGCCCAAAGGAUGAAACAAUAUCUACCCAAUUUGGAAUUAAAGGAUGUUCAAGAUAAAAUUAAAGCUAUUCGUGCUCAACUUUUAGCAGAAAUAUCGCUCAUUGAAGAGGCUGAGGCGUCCGGCAAUAAAUAUGAACCGAAUUUGUGGUGUUUUGAACAACUUGAGUUUUUGCGCGACCAUUUAACAGAGAGUUCUAAGAAAGAUAGUGAUACAAAGGAGGAGCCAGUUUUUUACGAAGAAAUUCAAAAUGAUAAUGCUGAUUAUCAAAGUGACGGUUCGGAAGUUUCACUAUAUACGGAGCUCAAUACAAAAAAGAAACGUGACAAAAUUGAAAGAAGAUUUAAAUGGGAACGAGAAAGUCUUAUACUUUUCAUUAAACAGCUGGAAAGGUAUAGAGUUUUAUACGAUCCUAAACAUAAAGACUAUUCAAAGCAACAGAUAAGGUACGCUGCAUAUAAUAAACUACUGAGAACUAUGAAAAAUCUUCAUCCAGAAAUCACUUUAACAGAAAUUCGAGGUAAAAUAAGAUGUAUUCGAAAUCAGUAUUUAAAAGAACUGCAUAGUCUAAAAAAUGCACAAAAAAGGAAUGAGCCAUAUACACCAAAAUUGUGGUGUUACGACUUGCUGGACAAUUUAUAUAGAGACGUAAAGCCAAAAACACCACGUUUUAGACGGAAUAUUGAUGAUACGAAUGAUACUAGCCAUGUAUCGGAAGAAUCAUUUAAUAUUGACAACACAGCUAAUAACGAAUUGUUGGAAUUCGAAGAAAUACAUCAAGAUAUCAUAGAAAACGAAGAGGACUAUGAAAAAGAAUCUGUCAAUAUUGAAACUAUGGAUUUCACACAAAAUAACGAUACAACUAUAGACUAUGAGUGUGUAAAUUCCUUUGAAUACAAUACGGAAGAUGUACAACCGACUAAGAAAAGAUGUCUGCCCAAAGACUAUUGUGAUAAUGUAACGGAUUUGAAUGAAAUAACUAAAUUUGAAAUAACGGAAUGUCAUAUGAAACAGGAAAAGAAUAAAAGAUCAUCCGUAAAAGUUGAUAAAGAUCCGAAAUAUGAUUGGCUUGGCGAAUUAGUUGUAUCACAAAUGGCUGAAAUAUCACGAAAAUAUCAUACCGAAUUUGCUUGGGAUGUUCAAUGUUUAAUUCGGAAGUACGUUGUGAAAAGUAAAACAGGUGAUAGCGAAACAUCUGACGACACUACUAAUAACAACCCAAAACCGAGUACAUCGCAGAAUAUUGUUCUACCACGUACUUCUAAUGUUUCAUUUAAUCUUAGUUUUGUGUAAAUGAUUUUUUACCGGAAUUGCCGUAUUUAUUAAGUUUUAUGUGUAUCUCUAAACUAGCUAUUCGUUAAAGUUAAUAUGUAUUUGAUAUAAACGGACAUUUCUAAAAGUAAAGUAA